CCGAGCUCGGCGCCGCCCGGCGUGGCCCCGCGCCCCUGGGCGGAGGGCGGCGGCGGGGGCGCCGCGGAGGGCUUUGCGCGCCCGCCCCGCCUCGCCUGCCGCGGCCGGGGGAUUAGUCAGCAGUCUGCGGGCAGCCCCGCUCCCGCGCAAACUCCGCGGCGGGGGCGGGGAGCGGCGCUUGCCCCUUCCCCUUCUCCGCGGCGGGGCGGCGGCGGGGCUGCCCCCCCACACACACCCCCCCGGCGGUCCGCGCCGCCGCUCCGCGGCGAGGGGCGGCGGGUUGGGAAGUCAGGCACCGAGGGGCUGGGAAACUCCUCUCGGGCACGGCGGCGUUGCGGGAGGACGAGCGCCCGAGCCGCCCCGCGCACGCACACGGGCGGGCGGGCGCGCACACACCCCGCACACACACGCACAGGCGCGGCGCCGGCCCCCGGCCCCCCGCAGCCGCGGCCGGCGGGGAGGCGGCGCCCGGCGGGGCUGCCCCAUGGUCUUGAGGGGGCCGUGGGGGAGCUGCGGGGGCCCCGGCGCGGCGCUCGCUCUCCUGCGCGCCCUCCGCACUAGGAUGUUGCGGCAGGUCUUGCACAGGGGGCUGGGGACGUCCUUCUCCCGGCUCGGCCACUUCGUCGCCAGCCACCCGGUGUUCUUCGCCUCGGCACCCGUGCUCAUCUCCAUCCUGCUGGGCGCCAGCUUCAGCCGCUACCAGGUGGAGGAGAGCGUGGAGCACCUCUUGGCCCCCACGCACAGCCUGGCCAAGAUCGAGAGGAACCUGGUGGACAGCCUCUUCCCGGUGAACCGCUCCAAGCACCGGCUCUACUCCGACCUGCAGACGCCUGGGAGGUACGGCCGGGUGAUCAUCACCUCCUUCCGCAAGGCCAACAUGCUGGACCAGCACCACACCGAUCUCAUCCUCAAGUUGCACUCUGCAGUGACCAGGAUCCAAGUUCAAAGACCUGGUUUCAAUUACACGUUUGCCCAUAUAUGUAUCCUGAACAAUGACAAGACAUGCAUAGUGGACGACAUAGUGCAUGUGCUGGAGGAAUUAAAGGCUGCUCGUUCUUCUAAUCGAACUAAUUUUGCAAUCACUUAUCCGAUUACUCACUUAAAGGAUGGCAGGGAAGUGUACAAUGGGCAUCAGCUCGGUGGGGUUACUGUGCACAGCAAGGACCGGGUGAAGUCUGCAGAAGCCAUUCAGCUCACCUACUACUUGCAGGCAAUCAACUCCUUGAAUGACAUGGUGGCAGAGAAGUGGGAAUCCAUUUUUUGUGACACUGUUGAACUUUUCCAGAAAUCCAACAGGAAAGUCAAAAUGUAUCCUUUCACUUCCUCUUCGCUGAAGGAGGAUUUCCAGAAGACGAGCAGGGUGUCAGAACGCUACCUGAUCACGAGCUUGGUCCUUGUGGUCACCUUGGCCAUUCUCUGCUGCUCCAUGCAGGAUUGUGUCCGCAGCAAACCCUGGCUUGGCCUGCUGGGAUUGCUGACUGUGACCCUUGCCACCCUGACUGCUGCUGGGAUCAUCAAUCUCACUGGUGGGAAAUACAAUUCCACCUUCCUGGGAAUCCCCUUCGUCAUGUUAGGUCAUGGGUUGUAUGGGACUUUUGAAAUGUUGUCCUCCUGGAGAAAAACUAGAGAAGACCAACACGUUAAAGAGAGGACUGCAGCUGUAUUUGCAGACUCCAUGCUCUCGUUUUCUCUCACCACUGCCAUGUACCUGGUCACUUUUGGAAUAGGUGCCAGUCCCUUCACUAACAUUGAAGCAGCCAGGAUUUUCUGCUGCAAUUCCUGUAUUGCAAUUUUCUUCAACUACCUCUAUGUACUCUCCUUUUAUGGUUCCAGCCUGGUGUUUACUGGCUACAUAGAAAACAACUACCAGCAUAGUAUCUUCUGCAGAAAGGUACCAAAGCCAGAGGUAUUGCAAGAGAAGCCUGCAUGGUAUAGGUUUCUUCUGACAGCCAGAUUCAGUGAGGACACGGAUGAUUCAGAGGAAACAAACACUUACGAGAGUCAUCUUUUGGUGUGGUUCCUGAAACGCUAUUAUUGUGACUGGAUAACAAACACUUACGUCAAGCCUUUUGUAGUUCUCUUUUACCUUGUUUAUAUUUCCUUUGCCUUAAUGGGCUACCUGCAGGUCAGUGAGGGGUCAGACCUGAGCAACAUCGUAGCGACUGCGACUCGGACCAUCGAGUACACGACUGCCCAGCAGAAGUAUUUCAGUAACUACAGCCCGGUCAUUGGGUUCUACAUCUACGAGUCAAUCGAGUACUGGAACACCAGUGUCCAGGAGGACGUGUUGGAGUAUACCAAGGGCUUUGUGAGGAUAUCUUGGUUCGAAAGCUACUUAAAUUACCUUAGGAAACUCAACAUAUCUACUGGAUUGCCGAAGAAGAAUUUCACUGAUAUGUUGAGGAACUCCUUCCUGAAGACCCCUCAGUUUGCCCAUUUUUCAGAGGAUAUCAUCUUUUCCAAGAAAUACAACAACGAAGUUGAUGUUGUGGCCUCCAGGAUGUUCUUGGUGGCCAAGACAAUGGAAACCAAGAGGGAAGAACUUUAUGACCUCCUGGAGACCCUGAGGAAGCUCUCUCUCACCUCCAAGGUGAAAUUCAUAGUUUUCAAUCCAUCAUUUGUGUACAUGGAUCGUUACGCCUCUUCAGUGGGAGCCCCCUUACAAAACUCCUGCAUUAGUGCUUUAUUUCUGCUCUUCUUCUCUGCAUUCCUGGUGGCAGACUCUCUGAUCAAUGUCUGGCUCACUCUAACUGUUGCCUCAGUUGAAUUUGGAGUUAUAGGUUUUAUGACCUUGUGGAAAGUGGAACUAGAUUGUAUUUCUGUGUUGUGCUUAAUUUACGGAAUUAAUUAUACAAUUGACAACUGUGCUCCACUGUUAUCAACCUUUGUCCUGGGCAAAGAGUUCACAAGAACUAAAUGGGUGAAAAAUGCCCUGGAAGUGCAUGGGGUAGCUAUUUUGCAGAGCUACCUCUGCUAUAUUGUUGGUCUGAUUCCUCUUGCAGCUGUGCCUUCAAAUCUGACCCGUACACUGUUCAGGUGCUUGUUUUUAAUAGCAUUAGUCACCUUCUUUCACUGCUUUGCCAUUUUACCUGUGAUACUGACUUUCCUGCCACCCUCCAAGAAGAAGAGGAAAGAGAAGAAGAAUCCUGAAAACCGUGAGGAAAUAGAGUGUGUUGAAAUGGUGGAUAUGGAUAGCACCAGAGUGGUUGACCAAAUUACAACAGUCUAACCUGAUUUGUUGGUUGCUUUUUUACACUAGGUCUUACUGAGAAAAAAAAAAAAAAAAAGAAAGAAACCAGUACUGACUAAAUGUGUGGGGACAGGAAGAUUGGAGGUUUACCCCUCCCUCCUCUAAGCUAAAUCCAGGAAUAUUCAAAAUUAUGGGAGAAAUUAAAAAUAAAUUAAAAAAAAAAAACAAACCAAGAGCUGGGGUAUUGUACCUUGCUCAGUUCCUGUAACAGGUAAUAUGGGAGAAUUUGCACACCCAUUCAAAGAGAGGUUAAAUUUGAGAUGCAUGAAGUAAGAUCUAAUGGAAGAAGUUGGGUUCUUAAGCAGUCGUCUGCAUCGCCUGUACUGCAGAUGCUGCAAUUAUUGUGGCUAAACCAAAUCAUGUUGAAAGGUCAACUGUCAAGGCUGAAGUAGCACUAAAUGUUCGCUGGAUGUAAAGGCUUUACAAACUUUCUGCACAGCAAUAACUCAAGUCAGUGAGUCAGCUCUUAUAAGUCUUUGCCAUCACAUUUAAUAUUUCUUUUCUCCCCUAAUCUAAACAUUUAUGCAAGACUAUACAAAAGAUAGCAAACUGUACUGGGAAAGAAGGCAGUACACAGCAACCAAGUGCUUUCCAAACACCUUUAUGUUGUGAAUCACUUUUUUUUUUUUCUAAAAGUAUCAUUAUUUUAAAAUUGAAAUCAUCCCUUGUAACAUUUUUAAUCAUGGUUUUAUAGCUAUUUCUUUUUCUUAUAAAAACAAAAAAAAAGAACAAAAAAAAAGGAACAAAAAAAUCCAUGUGACUCUGUCACUCUAGAAAAUAUAUAAUUCUAUUUUAUACAUGUCUCGCUACUAGUUAAACAUGUAAUCUGCUUUACCAACUGUAAUUUUGUUAGCACUCUACUAAGACAUGUGAGUGGAUCUAGCAGCAGACAGAAGAUGGUGUACUGAAUAUUUCAGCACCAAAAUCCAUGAUACAAACCUCAAACAGUAAAAUGUCAUCAAGAAAGUGAAUGUUAGGGCUCUUUUAGUGAGAGCCUAUUUCAGGCCAUUCACUGGUAAUGCACACUAAGAGGAUUAGUGGGUAGUUUUACAUAAUGUAUAACUUAAUCCCUCAAUCUUCCUAGAGUACCUGUAAAGCAAUAGACCUUGCAGCUAUGGGCUCUUCCAGGAGACAGUAGACAGUAAGAGUUGUGUGGAACAAACUGAAGGUUGGGACUGUGGUUUAGCAGCAGCAAGUUUAACAACGUCCCCAAAGAGCCCGUAUCUAAGGGGCCUAUUGAAAACAUCACGUGUGAGAGGGAAAAAAAAAACAACCCAAAAAAAAAAAACACCAAAAGAAAAAACCAACUUAAAAAGAUUACAUUACCAAGUCUUUAUGGAGCCGUGAGUUCUAAAUCAAUAAUUCUGUCAGCAUCUGUGAUGUGGAGUAAAACAGAUAAAGCAGCAUCUCUUCCCUCCUCUGCCCCUUCCACCCUUAAGAGCGGCAGGCUCAUUACUGUCAGGUUUUUCCAUGUGGUUGAACCCCAGUGGGGAUAUGUAAGCCAAUUCUGUAGGUUUUGCUGAGAGUAUUCUGACCAUACAUUGCCCGUGAAAACCCAGUAGCAGGAAGCUGGCUGGUGUGUCAGGUGGUUUCAUACGGACUGUUGCUUUGUGGUGCAACAUGAAUGUAUUCCAACCCGAGUCCCUUUUGCAGCUCACCUGGAAACUAAGAGUACUUGAAAAGUUUUCAGCAUUUGGCACAAAGUUUGCUUCGAUGACAGUAUCUGGAGGGGAGGGCUAUUGCAAGAGCCAUGGGGCUUGGAGCACUGGGAGCACCGUGGCUCAGGAGGCUGUCCCUGGUACCUGUACAGUCACUAGGACGUCUGUGGUCACAAAACCAGGAUGUGCUUCAUUGCCUGAAACAUCUCUUUAGCAUCCAAAUCCCAGUGACCCCCAAAUGCCCUGUACAAAACCUGCAAAUGCCACCCACUGAAUAUUAAUUUUCAAGCAAAGAGAUAUUUCUGAAGCAUCCUUCCUAGCAGAAAAUAAGAUAACCUGAUAUUUUGCCCUGAAGCAAAAUAUUACAUUCUCACUAGCAAAACAAAUCAGCAGAGCAGCUGGCAACAUUUACUUUCCCCUGGAUAAGUCCCUUCCCUGACCAGAAGAAAGGAAGCUGUGUCCAGGAAUGCACAGGCUCUUUGCUUAAGUAAACAACAGUUGCUUCAGUAGCAGCUGGGAAGCUGUAACAACAACUUCAGCCUUGGCAGAACACAGGCAGACACCUUGAAGACAGCCAAAUGAAUGUAAGGCUAGGAAAAAUAUCUGUUUCCCCUGGUUUUUUUCAGACUCAGGCUUGGGGCUAUGUUUUCCAGCCAAAAAAUAUUCCUUAAAUAUUCUUCACUGUAGAUUUUCUGUGAUCAUCAGUAUGUUGUUUAAAUACCAGUCACCCUGUCCCCUGGCUGUUCAACAGACAGCUGCAGUGGCUUUUAAACUUCUGAGGGCAUUAGCAAAUUAUCUGAGAGUUACAGAGGAACUGCAAUUCCUCUGCAGUGAUCUACUGACUUGUGCAACACUUGGAAAUGGGACAUGUGUCACAGAGGUUGUUUGUACACUGCCGAGAGGAAUACAUGGCAAACACUGAUUUUACACCUCUGCUGUCCCUCAUGCUAUUCACUUGAAAACACCAGAUGCCAAGAUAGUUACCAUAAACCUCCUCACAUCUAAUUGCAGUGCAUAGACAGGAGCAUCUUUAAAGAGAUGUCCAAAGACAAGCUUGCAGUUUCACAGAUCUCUUAUUAAAUCUCACCAUGUGAGGCCUUCAGAGAUCUUCAAGAAAGGUGAUAAAACCAGGGAUAAAAUUACUUCUCUAUCUCCAAACCUGUCAGAAAAAGGAUGUGGAGGCAUUCCUGUGACAAAGUGCUGCAGAAGAGGCUUGAGUGUCCGCAGAAGGCAGGGUGAGAAGUCAUGCAGUCCACUCCCUUGCCCCCAGGGAAGAGCCAACAACAUUUAAAUAAUUUCUGAAGGAUGUUUGUCCAGCCCAUUCCUAAAAGUCUUUUUAAGGGCAGAUUCCUUUCCCAGUAGUUCCCCCCCAAUGCCAUGUUACCCUCUCUAGUAACCAGUAACUCCUGCUAGCCACCCAAGACUGGGAUGGAGAAGAGGAGCUGUGGCCCUGUCUACACAGGGAUAGGACAGGCAGGAGACUGGAGCACCCCCAAAAGAGAGAAAAACCCAGAACAGAGCCAAAACCAACUUCCAUACAUUUUUCACUGUGUUUCACAUCAAGCUGCCAUUCUGUUCCCCAGCAUUGGCAAGGUACAGCCAUGGAAGUGUCCAAGGUGCACUCAGCCCAGGUCCGUGAGACUUCGGCCUGAAUCCUGAUGUGUCUGAGGGAUGCACCAAAUGCUCCUUCUCUGCAGGUAGCUUGAAUACCUCAACAUGAACCAUGUUCUCAAGGUUUCAGACUAUGCUAAGCCACUUUGGCCUUCCUCCCCUCCAACUUUCUCCUCUGGAGCAAUUAUCUUCACCAAAGUCAAUGGACCUCCCUGCACUGAUGGAUUAGUAGGUGCAGAUGCAGCGCUCUGUUCUCAGCCCAAAGCACUCCCAGUGGCUAACUGUGCAUGAGAUUUUACCCUUACUGGUGAACCUCCAGUGUGGAAGACUACCUAGGCUUAGGCAGAUUUUUGUCAUACUCUUAAGUGGCUUUUUAGCCCAGGUAUCACUGUGGUUUUGUUUGCAAUAUAGAUGAUCCAAUUUUUUAUAAAUGCAGUGAGUAGAACAGAGUAUUAUACACUGUCAGGCACUGACUAAAAUCUAACAGUGAAAAUUUUAGCUAAGGCUAACAAGACUAUGUAGUAGUAUGGCUCACUGAGCACGUGUAUCUUCUACAAACAUGGAAAUUCCCAUACAGUAAGGUAUGGUGUACAGUAUAUUUUUACUACAGGGUAAGCAUGGGGAAAAAGAGCCAACCUACGUGCAUAUGGCCCUCAAGAUCAAUCCAGUUUUCUUGUAAUAUACCUUCUGAUAUUGUGUUAGCACAAGUCCACUUUCAAUUUACAAUUAUUCUAACUGGAGGGAAAAAAAAAAUAAAGAAAAUUUGUUAUAGCUGGAAUAACUAUGCCAUAAACAUUAAUUGAUGAAGACAGAAUUUUCUCCCCAAAGCAGAAAUGUGGAAGUGUUCUAGUUAGAUUAAAAUUAGAGCUGGAAUUGUUGAGAAAAACCUGUCUGUGAAAGAAAAAGAGCUUCUUUUCCAAAGACAAGCAAAUACACUUAUUAUGGUCAACUGCAUGAACCUGGAGGGAAUACAGUACCAAAGUGGCCUGAGGUUAUGUUGAGUCACGAGAGGAUUCACAUCUGCUCUCAGAAGCCUUCUGAGCCAGCGCUGAAUUCAGGUAAAACGUGUACUGUAAAUUGAAAGGUGUACUUUUAAAUGUUUUUUUUUCUUGGCUGACUGUCCUCCUGUGAGCCAUGAGAUCCCAUAUCAGCCAACACCUUUAUUUUUAUUCAAAGGGAAGACAAAACUAAGUGGUGGCAUGACUGGGCAGAGAUCAAGGGAGCCGAGAAGGAAGACUGGCUUCUCUGAAAAACAGAGAGAGCCAGCAAAGCAAAUGGGUUGUGGAAGAAGACCUGGUGACUUCAAAACUUAGCAAAGUGGUGGUUUUUCCUAUUUUGUUAACUCAGAAAGCAAAAAGCAUGUUCUGAGAGACAUGGGGAAGGGAAGCUGAGUUAGUAGGAGUCAGCUCUGGGUUUGCUGUGCACUCCAGUUGCAGCAGCUCCUCUGGCAUGUUUGGGAACUGUCAGCAGGAUGGGAAUGUGGGAGGGGCAGAGAUGGCACUGCUGUGUGGGCACUGGGGAUGCCAGACCAGGGGCUGUGGUGGUGCCAUUUCCCUCAUCCCAAUCCCACAGCCCUGCCGCGGGUUCCCGGGGUGUGCAUCCUGCACAGAGCCUCAGCUGCCAUGCAGGAACAGUUCCUCUCGAUUCUCACACUGUGGCAGCACUGCUGGUGGGUUUUGCUGAGCCAGUGCUUUCGUGGUGAGGCACAGGCCCUGUAGGAAACAACUUUCUGGAAGCUCUUGCUUAGAAAGAAUUACCCAGAGCCUUUUCCUCCCCUGCCUUUGCACACGUUAAAAUCCUGAUCCAUAAAAAUCAGAUUGUACAAUUUAGCUAUGUAGGGACAAAGUAUUUCUUCCAUGGCUUUAUCCCUACAUUUAUCACUAAAAGUACCUGUCAUUCAUUUUCUUGUGAAAUAAGUAAGCCUUUCUGGGGUACACACAAGUAUGAUGAGAAGGAGGUGGGGAGGGGGGACACCCCCUUCCCUUUCCCAGUGGUAGGAAGCAUCUUCCACCCAUGGCCAGGCACUACACCAUCGCUGCAGGGCACCCCCAGUGAUCCCAGCUCGGUGCAGUGGGGAGAGCAACCUUAUUCCCCCUCCCCAAUCUUAUUAGAGAAUAGGGAGGAGCUUUAACUCCGAAUUGUGGGAGGAAUGGGCCCCCAGGAAGCCCUUGUGAAACCCAUCCGCUGCCGGGAAAGCACAGCGGUGAACUUCUCGUUUGGUGGGGUUUUUUUUCAGAAAGAGAUGGCAAAAGUACCCCAGGAGGGCAUUUGAACACAAAUUCCUGUCCAUGGUGCAUGGGUUGGAGCAGAAUGGCAUGCCCUGACAUGCCACCCCUUGCCCCGUUGUCCUGGCACAGCUUCCUGCCUGGAGAGAGGGCACCUCAGCAUCACGUGCGCCUGCCUGGGGCAGCCGCUUCUCAGGCACAAGUUGUUCUGAUGUCGUUGGCAUUCUGCAAGUCAUUACUUUUUUUUUAAGUUUUGGGAAAAACAAAACACAAAAGAUCGGCAGAAACAAUUCUAGAUUAUUUAAGCUCCGAGAAGUCUUAAUCUGUGCAUCAAAUAAAUGGCUUGCAAGAUGUCAGGGGUUUUCGUUUAGGCUUUUUUUAACCUAUUUUUACUAUUUUUGUAUUAAUUUAGGGGAAAAAAAUUGUAUAAUGAAUCUCAAUGUAUAGCAUAAGCCGAAAAUAAAAUGGCUGUCUCUCUGUUUGCUUCCUGUGGAAAUCCCAUGCCAUCGCCAAUGCUACAAACCGAUUUUCCUGGCCUAACCCAAAUAAUCAGGAUGAACAUGGUCUCCAAGUCCCUGCAGAGAGGGGUGGUGGAGUACAGAGCUCAGCACAGAGCCAGCGACGUCCCCAGGAUGAUGGGCAUGCUGCUUCUGCAGGAGCCCCUCUUGUUCCAGGCUGCGCACUGCUCAGCAGCAAGCACAGGGAAAACCACAUCUAUUCAUUUCCAUGUUAUUGGGAUAGAAAUGCUUUUCGGGGUAGUUCUAGAUAAUCCAGCAGCAGAACCCCAGGCUCGGCUGGCAAACCAACAGCUAAGGCAAAAAUCUGAAGCUGGUUUGAUCAAAAACUACAUUUUAUUUCCUCAAACAAGACCAUACCUUUAUCGGGUAGGUAGGUAGACCUGAAGCAUUACUGUUUAACAGAAGUAUUGCAAUUGAACUUAUUACUAUUAAAAUUUUUCUUACCAAAAUCUUACAAUUCACAAACUUAGAAGCCCCAUCAUCACUGAGACACCCACCUCUCUCACCAGCAGAACCACAGCUGCUGCUCCAGGAUCUUCUGAUGACUGUGCUCAAUCAUCUUCUUCCCAUGCCCAAGCAGAUAACCCAUUUACACUUCUUUCCUGAUGUUUUGGAGAAGGGGAGCAGCAUCCCUAAGGCCCAUUUGCACCAACUGCUUCAAAGCAGAAGCAAACCACUCCACCGGGGGAUGCGGGAGACAGCUACAGGUGCUCUGUCACACGUGACUGCAGAAAUGAGACAUGCAUCACUUCACUAAAAAGUGAAAAGCAGGUGAGCCAGAUCCAAGCCAGAUCCCAAGCAGGUGAGCCAGAAUCCCAAGUCACUUCAACAAAUAGCAGUGGUUUGGGUUUUUUGGCUGCCAAGGGCUUUCAGCCACUUCAGUUUAAUGGGUAGUUUGGGUCUGCAAUUUAAAGGUGAUUCCUGCCACCUGUUACUGCUCUGGGCCUGGUACCCUUCAGUCAUUCUUUCUCUCAUUGCCUUAAAUUCAGGAUCCAGAAGCACUGUUGCCAAAAAUUCUGUCUGAAACUGAAACUCUAAUGAUAUCAAUUUUUCUAAUUGCUAGUGUAAUGUAAGAGAGGCUGUGUCUAAGCAUCACACAGGAACUCAAAAAGCAAAACCCUCGUACCAGGCUGGUGUUCCUCAUUUGUAUUAGCAAGAGUUCCUCCGUGCAAAUCUCCACCGAUCUAAUUUACAAAAUUCAGGCUUUCCAAAUGUGUGAUCAGCACGUUUUAUUCUGAAAGUUCAUCUGUACGUGUACCUUCAAAAUAAAAGCAUGAUCAAUCUGAUUUUUAGCUUAUCAAGGAAUACAGUUCAGCCCAACAAAUGUUCGUGAUCAGCAUGUCUGAAGCCCACAUGCAAUUCUUACACUGCUGCAUACAACUCAGAAUAUUUUCACUCCAACAUACCACAUUUCCUUAUUUAUACAACUAAUUUGCACACAGAAACUAGGCAGGAUUGUGGACCAAAGACAGUGAAGUGUGCUCAUGUUUACAUUCAUCCUGUAAAUAUCACUUAAACUUUAAAGGUUAGUGGCAAUAUAGAACUCAUUGAGAAGAACAGGGUUUUUUUGCUGACUUCAGUUUACUGGCCAAAUAAAACAAAUAUAAGCACUAGCCAAGCACUAGCUAGAAAGAACCAGGGAAUAAGACAUCCAACAGUCAAUCAGCAGAGAAAAAAAUCCACUUGAAAAUUUAUACAUAUGAGAAAUGUAAGAAUCGUGUUAAAGGCCUUAGCUGGGUAUCUAGACUAUACAUAGCAUAUGUUAUAUAUGAAUGCAGAAUAUUCCAUUCUUUUUGGCCACACUGAAUCCUCUGAAAUAUGCUCUGUUCUGUGAGGAGGCAUACUUUUGAGCAAAACUGACGUUUAUCUUCUUAGAAAUUACCAAUUUGCACAGGUGAAGUUUGCUGGAAACAAAAUUUUAAAUGUAUACAAACAAACUGAUGCCAGAAAACACAAUUUGUAAAAUUUAUGCCUUCACAUACUGAUUAUAUUUCAUAAUAAGCAAUCUGUUCCCUGAUGGUACAAGUAAAAACUGAUUUUUUAUUUGUCAGCUAUAUUCAGGAAAAUGAGAUGCCCCACUAAUGUAUAUAUAGUGCAUACACCCCCAUACCAAUUAAUGUAUUUCUUAUACGCCCAACACAAGUUGGCUCAGUAUAAAAAGGAGGAAAAGCCAACCUAGAAAUGUAGUUGAAAGCUGGUAGGAAGAAUAGUUUAUCUGUACUGAGAUUAGUAAUGGAUCAGCAGGGGAGAAGCAACAGAGAAGUUUGGUAAGGAGUUUAGGAACAAAGAAACUGGCUACAGAAAUGCAGAGCUGUCAAUAAAACUCAGGUUUUAGUGUGUCAGGAGGAUGAGAAAGAAAUAAAAACCUUUUGAAUUGAAAAGGGAAGGAAAGUCUAAGCUAGUAUAAGACUGAGAAAAAUCAUGAACAUAUGUAAGACUAGCAGCUGUAAUGUAUAUUAAGGCUGUUUAAUAAAAGACAGGAUCUGUCUAUACGAGGAAAAUAAAAAAUCACAGCUGCCUAAUUGUAUGAUUUCAAAUAUAGAUUCAGUGCCUCAUUGUUUUGGAAUAAAAGGAGGAUAUCAUUCAUAAUCUAAUCUGAGGCCCAGAGCUGAAGAAUUUGACAUGAUCUAUAAACAGUGUCAUACAGAAAAAGAGAUUGGUCAUGGAUUCUGGCUCAUAACUUACUUAAAAAUGACAAAUUGACCCUCACUAUUUUACUGCAGCUCUUAUUUAGAGAAGAGCAGCUGACUUUGAUGUUCUGAAACAGUCAUGCCUUCCUGACAAAAUCCUUGUGCGUUGGAAGGAUUUCUUUUCUUUUCUUUUGAAAGAUGUAAUCAAUUUUCUGGACAAAGUGAGCCCUCAGGCACAUAACCCAUAGCAAGAAGUGGGAAAUUCCUCUCUUAAGGUGAUUCCUGAUUCAAGGACAUCCGUCUGCAAUUGCAUUUCUCUUUUCUUUCCUCUCUGCAUACUAUUGCAGGCAGUUCCCAACCUGUCUAUUGACAGCCUGCCCAGUCAGUACAUGGUACCCCUCUUUGCAAGAGAGGUGGGGUUCUGCCAAGCAUCUCCUGUCCUUGGCUCCAGAGGCAGUGGCCACAUUACAAUUUCAGGAUUACUCCUGCUCAUUAUCCCCCCUCAUGGGAGCCUUUCUGUCGGUGUUUUGGAUCUGACUGGAAGGGUGACUACAAUGGCUGUCACAGGACAGCCAACAACAACUGGCUCUGAUAUAAACAAGUGACACAGCAUCAUUAGAUCCACCAAGGAGAAGCGUCCAAAGUUCGCUGUCGGGACAUCAUAUGAUAUUUAAUAUCACCAUCUGUGAGGAUGUUUAUACAGCAGACUUAUUGUAGGGAAUUUGCAGAAAUAGGGAGAGGACAGAGAGAAUAUCAGUUAAACUGCUCAUUCAGCACUUUCCAAACCUCUCCGUCAAGGGAAGAGUUCUUGCCUCACAGUCAGUGAUGAUAGCAAACCUUAAGAAUCUAAUUUACAGAAAAGGAUUAAAAGAAUUUGGCUUAGAAAGGGGAAAUGUGGAGCAGAAAUAUGUGGCCAGAAUUAUAGAUAAGAUUGCUAACAUCAGUGAGUUCCUUUUUCUUUUCUUUUUUUUUUUCCCAGCAUAUCCCUCAAAGGCAGAAUCUCAGAAUACAAAAUAUUUGAAGUGAGAAGCAAAUAAUAAUUUCAUGGAGAACAUUUCACAGGUAGAAAUGACAAAUACAUAUUGGAAACUGUAAAGUCAAGGGAGACAAAAAAAAAAUCAACUCAGAUGAGAAAUGCCUAGAUUUAUUGUAGAGAACUCCAUGAAAACCUGGACAGAAAACCUCCUAAAUGUACUCACAGCCCUGGAGAGCUCUUCAGGUGGUCUGUUCCAGCACCAGAUCAAAAAUAAGGUAAGAGUUUUAAAUUAUUGACAACCACAACCAACAGAGCUUUAAAGUGUAGAACUUGGGUAAGGGAGAAAUGGAAACAUUAUGGGAAAAAUACUGAAUUACUUACUCAUUGUGUUCAUCAGCACCUCUCCACAGACUUCUCAGGAGUUACAGCUAAUAGCAUUUGUCUAAAGCACCACCCAGCACAUUCCAGACAACUGUUCUCCCCUUCCCCUGGAGGCCAAAGGCUGAGUUUCAUUUUGUCAGUCUGCUUGCAAGGCAGAUGAUGCCUCUGACAGUGUCUGAGUGACCUAAGACACAGGGGGGAGUACAGCCCAGCACAGGAAACCCAUACCUGAGCCGUGGCAAAGCAAAGCAUUGUUCCUCCUUCAUCAGACAGCUGUGUAAAAGAGAGCAUUCCAAUUUCUAAUGUACUUUAAAAGCUUAUAAGAAAAAUCAGCCUGUGUGGAACACUGUGGUUUCCCUAAGCAGUAGAUGUGCUAUGGAGGCUGUCCAGGCAUCCUUACCCUUGUGCUUUCCCAAAUCUUAGCAGCUCUCAGCCUUUGGCUUCAUGCCAUGCAGUCCCUCUGACCCUCAUAUUGCAAGUUUCAUUGAGAUACCUUUUUGGUGAAAACAAAAGACUUCAUUCACAUCAAACUAAUCUUUUUAAAUACGAAUACUCUUCUAUUUGCCCCAGAUUGCCACACCUGCCAUCUCUAUUCUCUGUUAGUACACCUGGAAAUGAAGGUGGCCACAGCGGGAAGGAGACAACUGGAAAGCAAGCUAAAGUCCCAUCAUUUCAGUUCAGUGGCAGCUAGAUUUGUGAGGCUCAGUUACCAGGAAUUUUGUGACCCUCAUUUUCCAGUACCAAACUUAAAAGGUGCUCACUAUUCCGCUCCCCAGCCAGGAAGAACUAUGGAUUUUCAGAAUACUCCAAGCAGAAUAUAACUGCUCUAUGGAAACCAUGUUGCCCAGUGGAAAUAAAGCAUUGGGAAGGGGAGGAGAGGUGAAUAGAGUUGCUGGAUUUGAAAUUUUCAGCAGAAAAGUCUGGGUUUUCUUUUUUUUAAAGAAAGUUCACAUUUUUACCUUUCUUUUGAAAGGAGAAGUCUCUAAGUCUGACAAACUCAAAUCACAUAAAGUCAUAUAGAAAACCUUCUGUUCAGGAGAGGAGAGUCCAGAUGUGAGCUGAGGAAAGAUAUCAAGGCAGAAGCAAAUGCAAACAACAGCAACUUCUAUGGAAACACAGAUUUGAAUGCAUAAUUGGCUGAAUAUUACCAAAAAAUCUCAUGAUGCAGGAGAAAAAAAAAAAGGGAAAUAUUGUCAAAAAAACUUUCUAUGGUUUCUAACUUCUUGUUAUGGCUCAUUUGUAAGGUCACCAGAUCUGUGGCUUUCAUACUCCAUUCAAGUCUGUCACUGUUUCUUUAGACAUUGUUAUCAUUGUUAUCAUUAAUAUAUAUUCAGCCAUUGACCAAAUGUGAACCACACUCAGGUGGCCAGCCACAGAUCUCAAGUAGUCAAAGGUCAUCCUUUACAGCUACACCCACUCCUAAAAUACAUAUCAAGUGUAUGUAUUUCACAGAAUAAUGGGGAAAAUCUAUACAAAAUUCUAACCUACCUGGAAACAAUUUGCUUUAAACAAGCCAAACAGAAUUGAAAAAUUGCAGCAAAUACUUUUAAAAGCUCAAAAUGUGAAGGCAAAGUAGCUCUAUUCAAGCCUUUUGAAGAGAAUGAAUGAGAGAAUGAAUGUGAAAAAGCACAUGGAGUGCAAUUUAAAGAAGCAAGCAAGCGAAUCAUGACCAGAGAACAUCUAUAAAACCUUGGCAGUUGACCUUCAAUGGGUGAGGAUGGUAAGUGGUUUGGAGAAUCAGCAUUUCAUCAAGUGGUUGAGUAUAUUUUUACCCUUUUCAAAUUGAACCAGCUCAUCAGGUAAAAACUGGUCAUGCAAGGUUUGUCCAUUUGCCUGCUCUCAGUGAGCAUGAGAAAAAUCAUAUUCCUAAACAAGCCUGUGGUUUCUGCUGGCUUUGGUUAACUCCAGUACGUUUCUGUUAACCACUAAGGGGACAAAAGACAGAAAUUAAAAUCCUCCAAAUCUUUAUUGCCAUUUCCUUUCUCAAGAAUGUAUCCUACACCUCCCAUUACCUUCUCCUUUUGCCAUGCCAGACCUCUCUUAUUAAAUUCCCCAGUUUUGGCCAGUUGACUCAAGCGCUCCCCUAAUACACUCUUGCAAUUGUAACUACUCAGGGGUUCCACUAAAGGGGUGGCUGGAUGCAGCUUCAGGACUAAUUGUAUCCUAUGAGUUAUAGAAUUAUGCACCAACAGCUAAAAGGACAAAAUUACAAAGUGAACUAUUGUGACACACACUGUGUAAUGUCAUACAAUCAAAUGCAACGUUUAGUAAACAUGAACCUCUUUGUCAUUUUGUAUUUAUUUAUAC